AUGGCCCGAUGGCAGGGCUUCCUUGGGCCGCGCCUCCUGGGAAAUCCGGAGCUGGCCGAUGGUGCCGCCUCGACAGCGCGCCCGACCGCAAGUGAUGGCCAGGUGGCAGUGCCCAGAGCGAUGGAAGCUCCAAUGCAGGCACCGCAUCCGAAUGGUGACGUGAGGUCCAUGGUUCGCGAAGCGGCGCAGACAGUGGCGGCUUCCAUGCCGCAAAGACCAGCUGCCCCGCAAGCUCCGGUGCAGUUGAUCAUACAGAACAGCUCAUCUGUCACGACAUCGCAGCAAGUACCCGAGAUGCCACCAGAACCGCCAAAGAUGCCCCAGCAUAUGUGGGAGCUGUCCCGGAAAGACCUGGUUGACUUCUGGGCCUCACCACUGAACCGCGUGUGCCUCCUGGGCCUAGCUGGCUUCCUGCUCUGGAUCUACCACGACAACACCCAGCACAAGUGGCGCAUGUCGCAACUCCAGCAGCGGAUAGAUUCCAAUCCCUUCACCAAGCUCGUCGCAGUUGCCUUUGGCCCGUCGUCGUGGCCGAAGUGA